GAGGGGGAGCUGGGGGAGUCUUUCCCAGCCAGGGAGCAGAGCAGAGCGGCUGGACUGAAGGAGUGGUGGAGUGGUCAGCCGCGGUGCUCGCGGAGCGUCCCCGUCCCCCUUAAACGAGAGUUCAAGACUGUGAAUGCCGGUGACUUCUGAAUAACCUCCUGAGGUAGUGGGUGCUCACCCUUAAAUGACCCCUCACUCUGAAAGGGGGGAGUCACAGGGGGUCUUCAGACCUUCCACUAGUAGUCAAACAACCUGUAGCAUCCCCUUGGAAUUUGAGGAAUUUCCACUCCUCAAUUAAGUAAAUAGCAUAUUGGCCUACUAAUUGACUUGAUCUGAUGAAAUAUUUUGCUGUGAAAAAAAAAAAAACUUUUUGCAGACACAUCCUGAUUUGGCAUGCCUAUAAUGUACUAGAUUUUAUUUGUAAAUGGAUAUUAUUUGUAAAUUAAACAAAGAAUGUUCUAUUUUGGGAGAAUCCUACUAGACACAAAUGUAAUUUCAACAUCUAGUUUGAUAUAGAUUUGGUUGAGUUGUAAACUAACCUGAAUUCAAUGUGGAAUUUUAAAAAAUCACCAUGUUAGGUUAAAAGUAGGGUAACGAAAUACGAAAUACCCUUAUGUUGAUGGCUUUUUGCAAAUCCAAUCAGUUUUUUACAUUGAUUCAGUAUCAUGACAUUGCUUUUUUUUUUUUAUGACAUGGAAACAACGUUGAUUCAAGCAGUUUUUGCCUAGUGGGAUCCCUGAUUUCGUCACCCCCUCCGCUGGGCCCCUACGUGUGUGGUAGCCCAGUCAGGCAACAGUAAGAAGAGAACUCAGUCAAGACACGGACGGCGUUCAGAGAUGCUUCCCUAUGAACGCUAAACAAGAACAUUCAUCGUGGAGAGAAAAAACGUACAAUAAUAAAAACGUCCAUACAGUUAUGGAUAAUAAUGACUCGUAUCUACAUCUAAGUAAGUAUGUUUUUCCGUUUCUCUAUAAAGUCUUGGGACGCGGGCGGUUUAUCCUGCAUAGGCUGCUCGUGCAGUUCUCUUGUGUUGUGUUUGUUUAGUUUCUCGCAAUAAUGUGGCGUUUGAUAAACCGAAUUCCCUCUGCACAGCCGACUUUACAAGGAUGGCAAUAAAUCCCGCGUGGCAAUGUUAUCUAUGUAGUUAACACUUGUCCCGCGCCUAAUGUGUAUUGAUUGACAAGAAGGCAGUGCCAAUGCUCAAGUCAGCUGAUAGUGAUUCUGCUCCUCAGUCAGGGUCAGGGGUUGGCACUUUAAUUGCGGUUAUGUAAUUUAUGGCCUUUCUAACCUCUUUAUGGCCUCUUGUUAAACUGUUCGCUGCCUUCUUCUUAUUUAUGAGUCUGGCUUGGCAGAGAAGCGCUUAUCCAUUCGACAGACGUACAUUCACUCACCUCACCGCUGUUCUCGAGGAAAGUUCGUCCAAGAAGAACUCAUUGAGAGGGUAGGCCUAUAUGACUUUUUUUUCACUGCGAGCUCUACUUCUCUUUAGUAGGCAACUCUUAAUUGGCUGAAAUUGUUCUAUAAUUGAAUCAUCAUCAUUUUUUUUCAAUCAAAGAACGACAAUUAGGCCACACCACAAACCAGGAAUAAGCAGUCCUGUGAACCCAAAUACCUUUUCUAUCUUUGUAUUGGAAAUGCAUAUGAUCUAUUCUAUUCUAUUCUAUUCUAUUACAUUUCCAUACAGCCUAGGCGAUUGUAUCAUUUCCCUGUUCAUAUUUCGAUUUUAGUGUAAAAGUAUAGGUCAUUACACUACUAUAACACCAGCUAUUGUCAAUAAAAAAUUUUUUUUUUUUAAACACACACAAAGUGUGACAGCAAUUAAUGUCGCUGAAUCAGUUUAGGGGAUUAUUACCAGAACAAACAUGAAUCCAUGCAUACAUGAAAUGAUACUGUUAUAGAAAGGAUUCUGAAGGACUCAAAUCCAUUAUUUCCUCAGCAUUUUAUGUUUGUGUAAUCACAUGCUCAUAUUGCUACAGAGGACAUUAUCCCACAUUGGCCCAGGAAUCUGAGACAUCUUGGUCUAUUUUUACUUCUCUUUCUUUCUCUCUCUCUUUCUAUUUCUCUCUCUUCUAUCUCUCUAGGGUUUAGUUACGUGAACAAAUGAGUGUUGGGCAAGUUCAUCUGAAUGGGUUCCUCUCCUCUGCAGCAGUGGACUUUGUUUUAUUUGAACUUUGGCAUGGUCUGACUUCUGCUCUGAUCCCACUGGGCACAAACUGGUUAGAUCAAUGUUGUUUCCACGUCAUAAAAAACAACAACAUGUAUGUGAUGACAUUGAAUCAACAUGGAAAACUGAUUGGAUUUGCAAAAAGUCAUCAACAUAAAGGAAUUUUAACCUAAAUCACAUGACACGUUUCAAAUUCUUGUUGAUUUCACAUUGAAUUCACAUUAGUAAUUAAAUCAAAAGUAAAUCAAAACUAGAUGUUGAAAUGACGUCUGUGCCCAGUGGGGUGUGUGUAUCAGUGAAGAGGAAAAUAUCUACUGUGUCUAUCUCACUUUCUAGGUGCCUAAAUAGAACAACCAAACUGGAAAUGUGAAAGAUAUUUAGCAGCUCACAGUGGAAGUUGACUUAAAAAAAAAAAACUUUUAAAAGCAAAGCGUGAACUGAUAGAUGUAUUUAAUUGAUUAAACAACUAGUAACACAUGCUGCAAUACACCAACGCAAUGGCAGAACAUAGAUUAGUUGAGUAAGAGCCAGCCAUAUGACGCUAUGGUCACGGCUGUGAGUGCCAUGUUCUCUUCCUGCAGGAAGCAGUCAAAGAGAAUGAGUGGCCAAGUCAUUAGGGUUUUCACUGCCAAGGGUGAUUAGGAUGGCUGACUUGGGAUCAGUCCUAUUGACUAUGGCCAGUGCUAUCCGGGAUCCUUGGGAUGUCCCUACCCUAACCCUAACCCCUACCCUUGCCUAACCCUAAACUUAACCAUUUUAAAUUUCAACUUCAAUGGGGUAGAGACGUCCCAAGGAUCGCGGCUAGCACGGACCCUUGACAACACAAGCCUACUAACACUCUCGUCCACUGACUGAGCCUCUCAGAUAUGCGAGAGAACGGUUCGAGGCUAUACGAUUACUGACAAACUGCGUUCAGUAGCACCAUUCAUGCAUUUCAAAGGGUUUGAUGGUGUAUUUAAGCUACUGUACAUGUUAUCUCAUGCCAGGCUAUGUGAGGAUAACUUCACUAUAUUUAAGCAAUAAGGCCUGAGGAGGUGCCUUAUUGCUCUUAUAAACUGGUUACCAAUGUAAUUAGAGCAGUAAAAAGAAAUGUUUUGUCAUACCCGUGGUAUACAGUCUGAUAUACCACAGCUAUCUGCCAAUCAGCAUUCAGGGCUCGAGCCACCCAGUUUAUAAGCUACUUUAUUUUCUCUCAGCCAAAAUAGGACAAUACUGUCGGUGUUGGAACAGCAGGACUAGAAGACAAUGACCCAUUUCAGCUGAGGCUUUUUGGAAAUGAAAAGCGAGAGUUAAUCUGAUCUUUUUUAUAUAUGGUACCAUGCUGUGUUUUCGUUUGUCUGUAGACGGGGUAAGUCAACACGAGCAGCAUCCUGGGUCUACAGACUCUCCACUGGUGUCAGCCAAAGAUCAAUGAACUUCAGUACACUAGUUGGCCUACUUUCAGUUCAGUCUCCAUACUAUAGUUUGACAGACUGGUUUCCCCCUGUCUGCAAUCCAUCAGGUAAAUCAGCAACUCUAAACCUGCUAAUAAAACUGCUAAUAGACAUGUAUUUUUCAUGUGUUAUUACACCAUUGACAUAAUUCUCAACGCUGACCAUAUUUGGUCAUGAAAAGGUUGUUACGUAAAUGUCUGUUUAAAAGUAACAAAAAAACUAUGUUGUAUUAAGAUGACAUUUAGACGCAGGUUUGGGAACAGAUGUUGCUGUAUUAUAUUAAUCAGCAGUAGAACAAGAAGAAGAUGUGAAAAAUACUCAGAUUCCUCAAAUCCCCCCAAAAGUCUCUCUCUCUCUCUCUCUCUCUCUCUCUCUCUCUCUCUCUCUCUCUCUCUCUUCUCUAUCUCUCUCUCUCUCUCUCUCUCUCUCUCUCUCUCUCUAUCUCUCCUCUCUCUCUCUCUCUCAUCUCUCUCUCUCUCUCUCUCUCUCCUCUCUCUCUCUCUCUCUCUCUCUCUCUCCUCUCUCUCUCUCUCUCUCUCUCUCUCGGCAUUCAACAAGACAGCUAUUAGUAUGUAGCUUGGUACUUGUCAAGUGUGUGUGUGUGUGCGCAUGUGUGUGAACAUUCUGUAGUUGUGUGUGUUGUGUACCUGUCUGUGUAUUUGUCUGUCUAUGUCUUAUGUGUGUCUGUAUCUAAUUUGAUUACUCAGGACCCUCUAUGUAGUUGUAGCUUCAGACCGCCCACAGUCGUCUCCGCUCAACUCCAUUACAGUUUUUCUCAAUUGCUAAAACACAAUUUCUGAAACCUUGCUCCAUUUCCUGAAAACAUUCAACACAAAACCUCAUCUUCAAGCACUAUUUACAAAACCUCUGACUCCUCUCGCAAAAUGAAACAUUCGCCUCAAAACAGUUUUACCUGUGUUCAAAAUCAAACACUGCUCUCAAAUCAUAAACAAAGUGAUCAAAAUGAUAUACAUUCUCAAGCAGUCAGUAAACAAUACACCGAAAAAUAGAAAACACAUUGUUCAAAACAUACAGUUCUCAGGGAGAAGUACAUUUUUAAUCUCAAAACAAAUUUCAUAUUUUUCCGUCAUUGUCUUUUGAUGAACGAAAACAUGUUCUAUCAUAGUAGCUCAAAAUUGAUCAGAAAUUACUACUCUGCUUUGCUCUUUGCAAUUUUGUUUUUUGUUCUUCCUCCUCCUUGUACCCCUAUUUUUACAGUACUGUACCCUGCAUCUCACAAACUUGUCCUUUGUCUCUGUGAUACUGUAAUUCUUGUUCUUUGUUGAUAUGAACCUGCAACCAGUCCAAAUCUAUUGAGCAGUCAGUACUGUUAACAAAUGGAAAGCACAAUGUUCAGGGCCAUACAAUUUGUCCAUUGUACAGUAUACAGCCUACAAUGCACUGUACUACAGUAUACAAUAUUAAAAGGGACAAAAAUCAAAGGAGUAAGUAUGUGAUCAAUGUGCUUCUUCUUGUCUUUGGGCUGGGUCAGGCCAGAGCACUUCGUCGACAUCACAAGCAAUAUUGUCCCUGACAUGAUUCCUCACCUAUAUCACCACAGGCUAAAUCCAUGGCUUGCAGCAGAUUUAUUCUGGUGUAGGGUUGUUCUAUCUCCAAGAGGGGAAAAAAUCCUCAAUCGGAUUCAGGAAAGGCGAGUAUGGAGGGAGGUACAAGUUCAUAAACUGCCCAUUGAUGUUAAACCAUUCCCUUACUUGAGCAGCUUGGUGGAAACUGACAUUGUCCCACACUAUCACAUAGGUGGGAAUGGGAUUCUCAUUUAGCUCUUGACCCUGCUGCUCUUGAACCUGCUGCUCAAAUAAAAUAUCUCUUAGAUUGGCAAUAAAUCUUAGAAGGUGCUGGGUGUUAUAUGGCCCGAGUGUAACAUGGUGAUGUAGAACACCAUGGUUGCUGAUAGCAGCACAGAUUGUGACAUUGCCACCUCGUUGACCAGGGACUUCAACAAUGGCCCGCUGUCCAAUCAUGUUUCGGCCUCUCCUUCUCCUCUUUGUUAGAUUGAAGCCUGCUUCAUCGACAAAGAUUAACUCAUGGGGUCUGUCCAAGGAUUCCAAGUGAAAUAUUGUCUGUGUAGAAAUACAAUAUACUGUAUGUAGGAUUUUGUAAGUCGUACAGAGACAGUGCUCUACUGUAGAGUACAAUUAGGCCUACUGUAUGCACUUCUGAUUCACAUAUAUUAUAUGUACUGAAGAGUAAUGUCAUUCACAUAGUAUGUGUUAGUACUGUAGACAAUCUGGAUUACAGUAAAUGUUUCUGAAUGUACACUUACUUGCACAUACUGAGCUCGCAGUUCUUUCACCCUUGGUGAGUUGCGCUCAAAAGGUACUCUGUAUACUUGUUUCAUUCGCAUCCUGUUACGAUGGAGGACAUGGUCAAUUGUGGAAAUGCUCACACUGUCGAUUCCCUGGAAGUGUGUGUUGUCUUGUAUCACUCGUUCCUGGAUUUUUCUGAUUCAUAUUGCAUUAUCUUGAAGGACCAUGCCAGCUAUAACGGCCUCUUGCUCCCGAGUGAAUAUAGCUGUCCUUCCACCUGCAUGUGGCAGCCUUGCAAUUCUACAAAAAGUAGUUGUGCAGUUACAAAACAUAUUCAUGCAGUACAAUACAUACAGUGAUUAACUUUACAAAUGUCUAUUGAAACAGCUGCAUAUAGUGUAGUACAGUAAAUUUGCAAUUACAAAAAUACAGAAGUAUACUGUACCUGUUCUCUUCUCUGAAUGUCCUUACUAUGGUGGACACAGAAAAUCGGCUCAAAUUGGGUUGCACUCUAAGUCCUGCUUCCCUCAUUGUCAGUCCAUGGACAAGAACAUGGUCUAUGACUGUUGCUCGAAUUUCAUCAGAUAUUUCCACUCUUUGUCUUCCUCUUCGUCCUCCUCUUCCUCUUUCUUGCCCUCCUCCUCCUCUUCUUCCUCGUCGCCCACCUCGCAUACGCACUCGUCCUCGUCCUCUCACAUUGUUUCUUCUAUCCAUUCUCAGACUUUCUCCUUCAACAACCUGUUUGCUCUCUGAACUGGCUUAUAUUAGUUGUGUCGCAUCAUUUGAAACAGGUUAAAUCAAUUUUGAGUGGUUGUGUUCAAUCAAUGACAUAUGUUCUCUAUUUGUAUUUGAUUGUUGCCACUUGUGUUUACCAGUAUGGAUGACAUGUGCAUUAGAGUGCAGAAUGUGUUUUGAGACUGAGAAUGUGUUUAGAGUUUUGCUGAAAAGUCUAAGUGAGAUCUGCAAAUUGUGUUUUACCAUGUGAAAUGGUUUAAGGUAUUGACAACAGACUGCAUAAUUAGCUAAAUGAGUCCAGGCAACUGAGAACUUUGUUCAGCCAAUGGGUUUUAGUGUUUUAGCAAUUGAGAAAAACUGUAAUGUGAUGUACAUCGUGGAGUUGAGAGAAACUUGGCUAUGUCCAGAUCAGAUCCAACCUAUAGGAUCAAUCUCAGGUCCCUGUCUGUCUUGUCAUCAUACCCUUAUUGCUGCCAUGCUCUCUGGUUUCAACCGCGCUUGUUGCCGUGUGCUACUCUUUUGUACCCGACUCAUUGUGCUUCGAUGCUAUAUCCAUCAUCCUCUAUACACCGCUCUGUUCUUCAUUCUGUCAUUUUAUUGUCAUUUGUUCUGAUUCUCUGUCUCUCUUUGUAUGGACGAAACUCAGAAAUAGCAGAGAUAGAAAUGGCGUCAGCAUACAGGGCAGGCAGGCCCAGCCAUUAGAUAACAUUUAGUCAGGGCCAGGCAUGGUGCUCUGUGGUGUAUCCUGGCAGGCUUGGGAUUGUGAAUCAGCUCCCUUAUCUAAUUGGUCAUUUUUCUGCCCCAGUUGUAGUGGGCCCAGUCUGGGUAGCCAAUGCUAGUGCUUCAAUAGAAUAGGAGUGCAGUGCAGCUCCACAGAUAGAGAGGGGCUCGAGGUUGGCUUUACUCUCUAUGUAAACUUCAGAACUUUGUAGUCUCUUGUAGGAUUAUUGGGGAAUUUAAUAGAAUAGCCUAUAGAGCAUGUACAUAAAUAGUGAUUCUAUUUCUAUACCAUACAGUAACAUACAGUAACUGCUUGUACAUAACGUCUCAAUGUCGAUGUUUAUCAGCUUGUUGUGAAUUUGUUUUUGUUGCGUGAGUUCAAUUGUGGUCAGAGAUAGUGGCCAGUUUCUUAGAGACAAAGAUCAGUGAAGGCACAGUAUGGAAAAGCUUCUAGCCUUGGAGAAACUCCAGUUGUUUUCUGUACAGUAGCACCAUGUUCUGGGUUCCUCCCCUGCCCAACAGCUCUAUAGAGCUGCAUUAAUAUACCAUCUCCUCCAGCAGGACCAUCCCAAUAUAAUCCCCUUUAAUCCUGCAACAACUGGCACCCACCCCCCCCACCCCCCUCUACGCAAUACUCGCACACACACAUACACAUGUGCGUAACACACACUUACGCAAGCACACAUACACGUACACACUCCCUCUCUAAACUCCACAGACGGUGAGCCCCUUCCCUGCUACCCCCUGGCCACAUGGCAUAUGACUGCGCCCCCCCCCCCCCCCCCCCCCCCCACCUCUGUUAAUCAGUACAUGAAAUAGACACCAGGAUGGAAAUGUGAACCUCAGAGAGAGAGAGAGAGCGAGAGAGAGAGAUCAGGGUUUCUAUAUACAGUAGGAACCCACUCAGAAUGUGGUUAAUGACUUUAUUCAUUGUAUCUGAUGUUACAAAAUGCUUAGAAAACAGCAUGCAUGGAAUGAUGGUGAACAUGUAUGGUUAAUUGAACGGCUGUUACCACAUGCAUUUGUAAUGGUCUUAUGUCACUGUCACAUGUCCAAGGCUGUUUGUGUGAAUACAUAAACAGUUGAAUGUAACAUGUGUUGUGUCUUUUAUCAUGAUGUUAUAAUGACAGUGUUGCUGAAAAGUCAAAACAGUUAUACAAAUCACCAAUUUAGAUUGGUAUAACAGAUGUAACAGAGUUGACAUUAGUAAAUGUAACAGAGUUUAUAUUUCUGAAUGUAACAGAGUUGACAUUUCUAAAUGUAACAGAGUUGACAUUUCUAAAUGUAACAGAGUUGACAUUUCUAAAUGAAACAGAGUUGACAUUUCUAAAUGAAACAGAGUUGACAUUUCUAAAUGAAACAGAGUUGACAUUUCUAAAUGAAACAGAGUUGACAUUUCUAAAUGAAACAGAGUUGACAUUUCUAAAUGAAACAGAGUUGACAUUUCUAAAUUUACAUUUUAGUCAUUUAGCAGACGCUCUUAUCCAGAGCGACUUACAGUUAGUGAGUGCAUACAUUCUUUUUUAAUUUUUCACACUGGCCCCCCGUGGGAAUUGAACCCACAACCCUGGCGUUGCAAACGCCAUGCUCUACCAACUGAGCUACAUCCCUGCCGGCCAUUCCCUCCCCAUACCCUGGACGACACUGGGCCAAUUGUGCGCCGCCCCAUGGGUCUCCCGGUCGCGGCCGGCUACAACAGAGCCUGGAUUCGGAUAUAAAUGUAACCAAGUUGACAUUUCUAAAUGAAACAGAGUUGACAUUUCUAAAUGUAACAGAGUUGACAUUUCUAAAUGUAACAGAGUUGCAUUAUUAAAGAGUCAAACCACAAUGUACUGUAAGUAUUAUGAUAACAGUCAAAUGGUGCAGUUUGGUGUGUAGCUAUAUGAGAGAGGUACUCUGUCUUGGUUACAGUACAUUAUGUAUCAUAUGAGACAGAAUAUAUACACUGAGUGUACAAAACAUUAAGAACCCCUGCUCUUUCUAUGGCAUAGACUGAAAAGGUGAAUCCAGGUGAUCCCUUAUAGAUGUCACUUGUUAAAUCCACUUCAAUCAGUGUAGAUGAAGGGGAGGAGACAGGUUAAAGAAGGAUUUUUAAGCAUUGAGACAAUUGAGACAUUGAUUGUGUAAGUGUGCCAUUGAGAGGGUGAAUGGGCAAGACAAAACAUUUAAGUGCCUUUGAACAGGGUAUGGUAGUAGGUGCCAGGCACACCGGACACACAGUUUCCCGUGUGUAUCAAGAAUGGUCCACCACCCAAAGAACAUCCAGCCAACUCAAUAUAUAGAAGGUGUUCCUAAUGUUUGGUAUACUCAGUGUAUAAAAUGGUGUGUAUAGACAGUACACCUGUACUGUCCACUUUCUGGAUGAUAGCGGGGUGAACAGGCUGUGGCUCGGGUGGCUGAGGUUCUUGAUGAUCUUCUUGGCCUUCCUGUGACACCGGGUGCUGUAGAUGUCCUGGAGGGCAGGCACGGUGACCCCGGUGAUGUGUUAGGCUGACCGCACCACCCUCUGGAGAGCCCUGCGGUUGCAGGCGGUGCAGUUGCCAUACCAGGCAGUGAUACAUUUACAUUUUAGUCAUUUAGCAGACGCUCUUAUCCAGAGCGACUUACAGUUUCAUACUGAUACAGCCCAACAUAAUGCUUCAUCUGUAGAAGUUUGUGAGGUUCAAGAGUCGCUGUUGCGCCUUCUUCACCACGCUGUCGGUGUGGAGGGACCAUUUCAGGUCCUCAGUGAUGUGCAUGCAGAGGAACUUGAAGCUUUUAACCCUCUCCACUGUGGCCCUGUCGAUGUGAAUGGGGCAUGGUCUCUCUGCUGUCUCCUGAAGUCCACGAUCAGCUCGUUCAUUUUGUUGACGUUGAGGGAGAGGUUAUUUUCUUGCCACCACUUCGCCAUGGCUCUCACCUCCUCCCUGUAGGCUGUCUCGUUGUUGUUGGUAAUCAGGCCUACCACUGCUGUGUCGUCAGCAAGCUUGAUGAUUGAGUUGGAGACAUGCGUGGCCCCACAGUCAUGGAUGAACAGGGAGUAUAGGAGGGGUCUGAGCACGCACCCUUGUGGGGCCCCAGUGUUGAGGAUCAGCGUGGCGGAGGUGUUGUUGCCUACCUUCACCAUCUGGGGUCGGCCCAUCAGGAAGUCUAGGACUCAGUUGCACAGGGUGGGGUUCAGACCCAGGGCCCUGAGCUUAGUGAUGAGCUUGGAGGGCACUAUGGUGUUGAAGGCUGAGCUGUAGUCGAUGAACAGCAUUCUUACAUAGGUAUUUAUCUUGUCCAUGUGGGAUAGGGAAGUGUGCAGUGCAAUGGCGAUUGCGUUGUCCGUGGAUCUGUUGGGGCAGUAUGCAACCUGUAGUGGGUCUAGGGUGACAGGUAAGAUGGAGGUGAUAUGGUCCUUAACUAGCCUCUCAAAGCACUUCAUGAUGACAGAAGUGAGUGCUAUUGGGCGAUAGUCAUUUAGUUCAGUUACCUUCACUUUCUUGGGUACAGGAACAAUGGUGGACAUCAUAAAGCAAGUGGGGACAACAGACUGGGAUAGGGAGAGAUUGAAUAUGUCCCUAAACACUCCAGCCAGCUGGUCUGCACAUGCUCUGAGGACGCAGCUUGGGAUGCCGUCUGGGCCGGCAGCCUUGCGAGGGUUAACACUCUUAAAUGCCUUACUCACGUCGGCCACGGAGAACGAGAGCCCACAGUCAUCGUGAGCGGAGGGGGCCCACGUCGGCAGCUCAAUGUUGUUUUCCUCAGUGGGCAAAGAAGGGGUUUAGCUUGUCCGGGAGCGAGGCGUUGGUGUCCGCUGGAUUUCCCUUUUUAAUCCAUGAUUGUCUGGAGUCCCUGCCACAUACGUCUUGUGUCUGAGCCGUUGACUCCAUUUUGUCCCUGUACUGGGGUUUGCCUCUUUGAUUGCCUUACGGAGUUCAUAGCUGGUCGUUGUUAAAUGUGGUGGUUCGCGCUUUUCAGUUUUGUGGGCGAAUGCUGCCAUCUAUCCACGGUUUGUGGUUUGGAUAAGUUCUAAUCGUCACAAUGGGAACAACAUCCUCUAGCACUUCCUGAUGUCAGUGUAUACGUCAACCCGAAACAUUUCCCAGUCCGCGUGAUCAAAACAAUCUUGAAGCAUAGAUUCCGAUUGGUCAGACCAACAUUGAACAAUCAUCUUGGAAAUAGAUGUCCUCUGCCAUAGGAAUCGAUACAGUGUGAUUUACUGAUAAGUGAACAAGGAAAAAGUGCCAACUCUGCAUAUCUGGCUUAGUGCACGCAUCCACAGUGGUGGAAAAAGUACCCAAUUGUCAUACUUGAGUAAAAGUAAAGAUACCUUAAUAGAAAAUGACUCAAGUAAAAGUGAAAGUCACCCAGUAAAAUUCUACAUGAGUAAAAGUCUAAAAGUAUUUGGUUUUAAAUAUACUUAAGUAUCAAAACUAAAUGUAAUUGCUCAAAUAUACUUAGUAAGUAAAAGUAUAAAUCAUUUAAAAUUCCUAAUAUUAAGCAAACCAGACGGCGCCAUUUUAUUUUUUAAUUUUUUAUUUACGGAUAGCCAGGGGCACGCUCCAACACUCAGACAUCAUUUACAAAUGAAGCAUGUGUUUAGUGAGUCCGCCAGAUCAGAGACAGUAGGGAUGACCAGGGAUGUUCUCUUGAUAAGUGUGUGAAUUAGACAAUUUUCCUGUCCCGUUAAGCAUUAAAAAUGUAAUGAGUACUUUUGGGUGUCAGGAAAAAUGUAUUGAAUAAAAAUGUUCUUUAGGAAUGUAGUGGAGUAAAAGUAAAAGUUGUCAAAAAUAUAAAUAGUCAAAUAAAGUACAGAUACUCCAAAAAACUACUUAAGUAGUACUUUCAAAUAUUUUUACUUAAGUACUUUACACCACUGUGCAUCCAUUCACCAGUGGUCCCAAGCUCUUACGAAUACAGUAUAUCAGUAGUUGAAUCUAUAUAACCAUUAGUAACCAUUAGCAAAGUUACUGUAUCUUCCCAUGUAAUACUGAAGUGUUUUACCAAUGAAUGUGAAGCUUUGAGUUGGACUGAAUGGACUCUCUAUAUCACUUCACUCUCCUCUCAUACUUAAGCCAAUCAAGUUAAUGAUGUCUGCUCGGCGCAUCUUUUGUCAUUUCAACAGGAAAAAGGAACAAGUCUGCAAGAGAGAAGGGACAUCUUUAAUGAAAAAGUAAUCCAAUCCCCCACUGGGUAUUUGAGAGAGCCCACCCGACAGACAGGAUAGAAUUCUCUCCUUUUCUAGGCCAAAUCCCUUUAGACAUAUGGAACAGCGAUAGAGACUGCACGUGUGAAUGUAUGUGUGUGUGUGUGUGUUGGUCAUGUGAAGAGCAACUGGGAAGUGUUUCCUCCAGUGCCUCAGCAUGCUGCACGCUCUCGUGUAGACAAGCCCCUACUCAACAGCUUCCAGCCCACUACCUCUAAAAUACACCCCAUCCCUUCCCUACACACACACACACACACACACACGCACACACACACACACACACACACACACACACGGACGGGCGGUAAAUAACCAGGUUGGAGAUGCUUACAGGGGCUAAUAGGAUUAUACGGUCCCUGAUUGAUCAGACAUCAUCUUCAUUUAGACAGGAAUGAGUGGGCUCUGUCUCCACACACCAGGCCAAGGCUUUUCUAGGAUCAGUUUUGGCUCUCCGAUCAUAAUGAAUACGACAGGGGAGACCUGAUCCUAGAUCAGCACUCCUACUGAGAGGCUUUGUGAAUAUCCCUUGACCAGACCAGGCCAGAAGGCUACAGGCCUGCUUUUUACAUGAUUAAGCUAAGGACCUCACUGAUAAAAAUGAUUGAUUAUGAUGAUACAAAAGUCAGUGAAAAAUCAUUUGAAAACACUUCAAAACCACUUAACCCAGAUGAUGUUUGUAUGGUGCCAUACUCAAGUACAUGCUUAUGUGUAUGUGUGUGUUGCUCAAAUAUGCCUAUUAAUGUGUGUGUACGUGUUUGUACGUGUGUGGGGCUCUUUCCUGUUGGAAUUUGACAUUUAGCAGGCAUUAAUAUCACAGGAGGAGCUGUGCCAAGUGAGAGAGAGUGUGUGUGUGUGUGUGCCACUCUACAGCUGCUUGUAACACACACACACACAUGAUCGGGGGCUGCCAGCCCACUGCCUGCGUUGGAAGGGUCAAGCCCCCUGCAGAACCUCAGAGGUAUCGCCUGCAGACAUGAGAAUCAUAGCAGGUGUCGGAGAUUCCGGAGGAAAAGAGGAAAGCGACUUAAUAGACAUUAGCCAAUCAGAGUUGGAUAUGUACGUAAACUACCAGCCCCUGAUGCGCCUUCCUGACUUUGACAGUGAGUAACAUAGAUAUUGUGGGAGCAAAGUUUUAGAACACCUACUCAUUCAAGGGUUUUUCUUUAUUUUUUACUAUUUUCUACAUUGUAGGAUAAUAGUGAAGACAUCAAAACUAUGAAAUAACACAUAUGGAAUCAUGUAGUAACCAAAAAAGUGUUAAACAAAUCAAAAUAUAUUUUAUAUUUGAGAUUCUUCAAAUAGCCACCCUUUGCCUUGAUGACAGCUUUGCACACUCUUGGCAUUCUCUCAACCAGCUUCAUUAGGUAGUCACCUGGAAUGCAUUUCAAUUAACAGGUGUGCCUUCUUAAAAGUUAAUUUGUGGAAUUUCUUUCCUUCUUAAUGCGUUUGAGCCAAUCAGUUGGGUUGUGACAAGGUAGGGGGGGUAUACAGAAGAUAGCCCUGUUUGGUAAAAUACCAAGUCCAAAUUAUGGCAAGAACAGCUCAAAUAAGCAAAGAGAAACGACAGUCCAUCAUUACUUUAUGACACGAAGGUCAGUCAAUACGGACAUUUUCAAGAACUUUGAAGGUUUCUUCAAGUGCAGUCGCAAAAACCAUCAAGCGCUAUGAUGAAACUGGCUCUCAUGAGGACAGCCACAGGAAUGGAAGACCCAGAGUUACCUCUGCUGCAGAGGAUAAAUUUAUUAGAGUUACCAGCCUCAGGAAUUGCAGCCCAAAUACAUGCUUCACAGAGUUCAAGUAACAGACACAUCUCAACUGUUCAGAGGGGACUAUGUGAAUCAGGCCUUCAUGGUUGAAUUGCUGCAAGGAAACCACUACUAAAGGACACCAAUAAGACGAAGACUUGCUUGGGCCAAGAAACACGAGCAAUGGACAUUAGACCGGUGGAAAUUUGUCCUUUGGUCCAUAUUUGAGAUUUUUGGUUCCAACCGCCGUGUCUUUGUGAGACGCGGUGUGGGUGAACGGAUGAUCUCUGCAUGUGUAUUUCCCACCGUAAAGCAUAGAGGAGGAGGUGUUAUGGUGUGGGGGUGCUUUGCUGGUGACACUGUCUGUGAUUUAUUUAGAAUUCAAGGCACACUUAACCAGCAUGUCUACCACAGCAUUCUGCAGCGAUAUGCCAUCCCAUCUGGUUUGGGCUUAGUGGGACUAUCAUUUGUUUUUCAACAGGACAAUGACCCAACACACCUCCAGGCUGUGUAAGGGCUAUUUGACCAAGAAAGAGAGUGAUGGAGUGCUGCAUCAGAUGACCUGGCCUCCACAAUCUCCCAACCUCAACCAAAUUGAGAUGGUUACCAGCAUAUGUGGUAACUCCUUCAAUACUGUUGUAAAAGCAUUCCAGGUGUAGCUGGUUGAGAGAAUGCCAAGAGUAUGCAAAGCUGUCAUCAAGGCAAAGGGUGGCUAUUUGAAGAAUCUCAAAUCUCAAAUAUAUUUUGAUUUGUUUAAGACUUUUUUGGUUACUACAUGAUUCCAUAUGUGUUAUUUCAUAGUUUUGAUGUCUUCACUAUUAUUCUACAAUGUAGAAAAUAGUAAGAAUAAAGAAAAACCCUUGAAUGAGUAGGUGUUCUAAAACUUGUGACUGGUAGUGUAGUUCAGGGUUAUAUAUACUUUGACUUGGUAGGCACUGACUGUAUGCUAUGUACAGUACCUAAUACAUUAAUUAAAUGAAGUAUGUGGGCAUGUAUUUGUUGGCAUAGAAUGGCUGACUGACAUGAUAUAGCACUCACUGUGAUCUUUGCUGAACACGAGGUGCUGGAUUCUGUUUUCAACAAAAAUGGAAAGCUGUGAGUUGGUGUCUUUUGACCUUUGUGACACAGUAGGCAGUUGGUGAAAGGGUGUGUGUGAUCAGAAGUACACACACACACAUACACACAUUUAUUUUCUAGAUUCUGUUCAACCUGUCUAAAUAUACAUUGGUGUUUCCUGCGUCUGGUUUGGCAGAGAAACUGCUAUAUCUACAGCUGUUACUACACAAUAUGAGGAAUAACCUUUGUCCGCCUUUAGCUUGUUUUAGACUUGCUACUUUUAUAGAUAUAACUUUCUUAUACUUGUGUGAGUGUGAUGUUUAUUGUAAUGCGUGGAGUAUGGUGUGAAGCAUGUGUGGCUAUGAUCGUGUGUGUGUGUGUGUGUGGACAUGUUUAACUAUUCUUGUGGGGACCAGAAGUCCCCAUAAGAAUAGUAAACUAACAAACAUUUUGUUAGUCCCCACAAGGUCAAAUGCUAUUUCUAGGGGGUUUAGGUUUAAGGUUAGAAUUAGUGUUAGGGUUAGAAUUAGGGUUAGUGUUAGGAGCUAGGGUUAGGUUUAGGGUUAGGUUUUUGGGUUCCAGUUAGGGUUAUGGUUAUGGUUAGGGUAAGAGUACGGGUUAGGGUUAGGUUUAGGGGUUAGGGAAAAUAGUAUUUUGAAUAGGACUGAAUUGUGUGUCCCCACAAGGUUAGCUGUACAAUACUGUGUGUGUGUGUAUGUGUGUGUGUGUGUGUGUGUGUGUGUGUGUGUGUGUGUGUGUGUGUGUGUGUGUGUGUGUGUGUGUGUGUGUGUGUGUGUGUGUGUGUGUGUGUGUGUGUGUGUGUGUGAAAGACUUUCUGUGUGCAUGAAAAUAGUCAUUUAACACUGCCACACAGAAUGUCCCAACCCCACUAACACAUGCUAGUAUCAGACUACUGUAGACUGGCGUACGAGCUCUUCCACUAGCUCUGCUGGUCUGGCUGACCUAUCCGACUCUGUUCUGUGUAACAUGAGAGAGAUCCCUGUACCCAGGACUGAUUACGGCGACCCUGAAACCAUGCCCAUGCAAAUGCCACCCCCCAUUAACCCUGUGACACACAGCUCUACCCAACAGCCCAACCUUAAAUUGUUGGGGCCUGAAAUGUCAACCUGUCAUUCUAUAUUCCAGACAGAAAGAAGACCCUGGCCCCAAUACAAUGUACAUACAGUUGAAGUCGGAGGUUUACAUACACCUUAGCCAAAUACAUUUAAACUCAGUUUUUCACAAUUCCUGACAUUUAAUCCUAGUAAAAAUUCCCUGUUUUAGGUCAGUUAGGAUCACCACUUUAUUUUAAGGACUUUUAUUUAUUUCAUCACAUUCCCAGUGGGUCAGACGUUUACAUACACUCAAUUAGUAUUUGCUAGUAUUGCCUUUAAAUUGUUUAACUUGGGUCAAAUGUUUCAGGUAGCCUUCCACAAGCUUCCCACAUUAAGUUGGGUGAAUUUUGGCCCAUUCCACCUGACAGAGCUGGUGUAACUGAGUCAGGUUUGUAGGCCUCCUUGCUCGCACACGCUUUUUCAGUUCUGCCCACACAUUUUCUACAGGUUUGGGGUCAGGGCUUUGUGAUGGCCACUCCAAUACCUUGACUGUUGUCGUCCUUAAGCCAUUUUGCAAGUAUGCUUGGGGUCAUUGUCCAUUUGGAAGACCCAUUUUAACUUCCUGACUGAUGUCUUGAGAUGUUGCUUCAAUAUAUCCAUAUAAUUUUCCUUCCUCAUGAUGCCAUCUAUUUUGUGAAGUGCACCAGUCCCUCCUGCUGUAAAGCACCCCCACAGUAUGAUGCUGCCACCCCCGUGCUUCAUGGUUGGGAUGCUGUUCUUUGGCAUGCAAGAACCCCCUUUUUCUUCCAAACAUAACGAUGGUCAAGGAAAGAGGCACUGAGUUUGAAGGUAGGCCUUGAAAUACAGCCACAGGUACACCUCCAAUUGACUCAAAUGAUGUCAAUUAGCCUAUCAGAAGCUUCUAAAGCCAUGACAUCAUUUUCUGGAAUUUUCCAAGCUGUUUAAAGGCACGGUCAAUUUAGUGUAUGUAAACUUCUGACCCACUGGAAUUGUGAUACACUGAAUUAUAAGUGAAAUAAUCUGUCUGCAAACAAUUGUUGGAAAAAUGACGUGUCAUGCACAAAGUAGAUGCCCUAACCGACUUGCCAAAACUAUAAUUUGUUAACAAGACAUUUGUGGAGUGGUUGAAAAACAAGUUUUAAUGACUCCAACCUAAGUGUAUGUAAACUUCCGACUUCAACUGUACAUGUAAAUAGAUUUGAUUGUUGAUAAAGCCCUCUCUGUUGCAUUAUGUUUCUAUUGGAUUGGUGUUGUCAUUAUGGUUUUUUGAUGACGUAGGUUUAUAAUGGGGGUUUUAGUCUGUUUGGUUUGCCUUCUUGCAGUAUUAAAGUCCCACUUUCCUUAUGUAGGCUAAUGUUUGUCGUUAUUUAGGCAAACAUUAGUCCAACAGGCCAGAAAAGCUCUAUGAUGUUGCCCUAACAUCCCUCUAGCGUCCUUGUAACAUCCCCCUGACAUUUCCUCAUGUUGAUGCAUAAUGUGAAUGUGCAAGGCUCUUAUGACCUUAUUAAGCUCCUAUGAAUGAUCAGAUCAGUGUAGCCUGUCUCUGCACUGACCUUUUGGGCUAUUCUGGUGAUAUAUGGAAGUGCCUUAUGCAGGUUUUCCCCAUGCACUGACCCCCAGGCAACCAGCUAUAUCAGGCUACAUCAGGUCCAUCACAGUGCAUUACCAGCUGAAUUAGUGAUAAGGUUAAAUGGAGAGAUGGACAUUUUGGACCCCUGACUGUCACGUAACUACUCAAGCACCUUGUUUUGCUGUGAAAGGUUGCUGAUGUGGGUCUAGUUAGGUCUAGUUGUUAUUCUCUGGUCUGAUUGCUCAUCACACCAUCUGUGAACCAGAACCAGGGGCUUUUGCUGUAGGGUGAGCAACUCAGAUAGAAAUAUAAUGUAUAGAACAGUCAUGAACAUUUUAUUGUCAUAUAUUGUCAUUUUAUUGUCAUAUUAUUGUCAUGUUGUAAAUUUCUAGCUGCAACAUCUGAACGUUUCUCUCUAUUGAUCCCUAUGAAAACGGUUAUCCUCUUUGAGAACAAUACAGUUUAUAUAGAUCACGGUCGUAUUCAUUAGGCACCAACUACAUGAACUGGUCCAAUAAGAAAUGCUUGUUUUCAGUUGUAGCAAGUUUUUAUAUGGUGUGCUCUAAUGAAUAAAACCCUGCUGUGUACCAUUCUGUUAUUUCAAUGAUUGCCGUGUCUCCUAACACCUUCAUUCUCCUCUCUGAUUGGCUGUUUUUUGCUCUGAUUACAGGUUCUUCUGUGCAGGUCUCCCACCUGAGCUCCACCCCGUCUCAGUCCCUCAGCACCAUGGUGGGGCCCCCUCACCACCCCCAUCAUCACCACCACCAUCAUCAUCAUCAUCACCACCCCUCCGUCAUCAGUGCCUCUGUCAACCCCGGGCAGCCCCUCCCGUCUCCCAUGAGCACCCUGGGCUCGCCAUUCAACGGGCAGGGCGGCUUGCCGUACUCCGUCAUCACCUCAUCCUCUCUGGGCUCCCCAGGUGUCUCCAUCCCCCCUAAUCCCGCCAUGAGCUUCAGCACGCUCUCCAGCCCACAGGUAAGGGUCAAUGUAUUCACACACAGGCAUGCAGACAGUGGUCACAGCCAGGGAUCAGCCAUUAUUGACAACAACCCUGGAGAAAUUAGGGUUAAGUGCCUUUCUCAAGGACACAUUGACAGAUUUUUCACCUAGUCGGCUCGGGGAAUAGAACCAGUGACCUUCCGGUUACUGGACCAACACGCUUAACCGCUAGGCUACCUGCCACCCAGACACUUAUGCAUGCACGCGCAUAAGUGGUUAAGGGCUGUAAGUAAGCAUUUCACUGUAAUGUCUGCACCUGUUGUAUUCGGCGCAUGUGACCAAUAAAAUUUGAUUUGAUUUGAUUUGAUUUGAUUUAUACAUACACACUUGAUAAACACGCACACACAAAAAAUAUGAGAGGCCGUACAGUAGGCGAGUCGACCCACCAAAGUAGCUUAGGAACUACUGCAUGGAAUACAUUGUUAUCACUCAUAUGAGUCUCUCGAUGCCCUAGCCUUGCAUGCCAAGCUUCGAGGCUCUGUCUCAAACCCAUGCCAAUUGAAGGAGACUACUCUUCACCCAGCUGACUAGCCUUUCCUGGACUGUUAUAUUUCUAACGGUUUCUCUCUCUCAGAGCAGAUCCUACAGUAGUCUCAGACAUUGUAUCUUAGUGCUCACUCUGCAUCCUUCUAACACAGUGGUCACCAACCUUAUCUGAGUCAAGAUCACUUUCUGAGUCAAAAUGCAAGCCGAGAUUGACCGCUCAGAUUUGUUUUUAACAUGACUUAAAAAAUGUAAGCCAAUGCAACAUUAACCUAUUAAAAACAGUACUGUAGCAAUGAGGUGUAUGUAGUAGGCUACAGUCCCAGUACAUUAUCACCGCAUAUUGGCUUUGCUUUAAUUGCCCUGCCAAUGCAUUGUUGUUCAGACAAUUUUUUAAAAUAUUAUAUUAAACGAUUUAAGGUGGGCUAUAUGAUCACACCGGUAAUAGAUCAGUUGUUGUAUUACGUGAGGCACAGCUGUGUUAACAUAAAAAUAAAAAGCGAAUUAUUAAAAUGUAUUUUACUGGGCUGAUGGUGCCUGCAUCUGAUGGUCAGUUGCAGCGGAGAGAGAGCGCAGCAGACUGAGGGUCUGCCUCCUAACGUCCCUCUGCUCUCCCUUUCCUCCACUGACACUGGCCAAAAAGGGACACCGUCUUCCAGCUGAUAGUGAAGCUCGAGUCGCACCGCAUUAUUUCUGCCUCAUGCACAAAUUAAUGUUGUUACUCCUAGGAACAGAGAAAGUGAAAUAUUCCUCGAUAUUAAAGAAGACCCAAGCCGCUAAUAAUAACGCAAGCCUAUCUAUACACUUUUCUACUCAUUCAUUACAGCUGCAGUGCUGGUUGUAGCGUGAGUGGAAGUAGGAAGAAUGUGCAUUUUAAUAGCCUAUAAAAGUGUUCAAUAUAAAGUGUUGACAGUGCUGAGUAAAACCUUAAACAUGAACUCAAUCAUAAAAACAGCAGCUCUUUGCUGUAUUCGUUGACAGUCUCUCUAGUCAUGGUUGAAACAUUUUUGAAAUCUCACAGUAUUAACUUUGCUUUAGCUUUCUUUUAUACCUGCUACGUUACUGCAGACCCGGUAAUUUGAGACAUCCGAUUGGCCAGUGGUAGGCCUAGGCACUUUAAUUUCUCUCCGGGCCCACCAGGAAAGCAGAGUUUGUACCUUCAGACACAUGAAAUUGUUCUAAAUCGGAAUACUUUGCCUACCAGGCGUGCAGGGCAGCUGAAUCAGGUGCACCUACCUCCAACAGCGCGAGACAAAUAAAUAAAUAGUUGGGUUUUAUACAAAAAUGUUUGGGAUCAACUAGGAAUGCCUUGGAUAUCAACCAGUUGGUUGGUGACCUUGGAUAUCGACCAGUUGGUUGGUGACCACUGUUCUAACAGAACCUAGAAGGCUAGCCUGACCCUACCCUUAGUGGUGUCGCCAACAACCGGAUGUAUCCGGUUUUCAGGGGAAAUUAAAAAACCCUGAGACACAACUUCCGCUUUUGGAUGUUAACAAGGCAACACUCGAUCUUAACAUCUCCUCCACAUUUACUGGAUUGGUUGACCAGUGCAGAAGAAAACCUCCCCUGACUGUUUUUUUUCUCUCGUCGGGACCAGAUAGGAAGAAACGCGUUUCUUUUAAGCCUGCUACAUUAGGUUAGCCUGACCCAGACUCAUUCAUGUCCACAGAAUACAACUGAAUCAGGGCUACCACUGCCGUAGACAUAGAACCUCAUUCUAUUCUGCUGCUCACUUCACUGGUCCUCACUCCAUUAGUGAAACAACGCUUCCACUUACUCAGAAUCCAAGUCCCAAAUAGAUAACAAAUGGGGAAAAUAGAGGCUUACUCUUGUCCACUUACUCUUGUGAAUUUAAAAGUUAACAUUUUAUUCAGUUAGUUGAAAAAAAAAAACAUUGACAUUCUGUCCUGCAUUAAGUAGAAUCUAGAAUGUCUCCUUUUCUGACCUUUUUUUUUGCCCAGUCCCUGCCUUUACCACUGGCUGGGUCUCUGCCUGCCCUAGAGGGGAUGAGCCAAUUGUAUUUGGCUGUCCCACUCUGAGCUAACUGAGCUAAGCUAAUGAGGCGUGAUGACUAGUGAGUCAGAGGGAGAUAUCAUUGACCCAGCCUGCUAAGCUAAGCUAAAGCCUUGGAGGCUAGCUACCUAGCAGAAAAGAGAACACAAACGGAAGUAAUCUAAUGACAGCUGUGCCAACAGGCUUCUGUAAGCAAAUAGGGUCACAUAUGCAAUAGUCAGAUUCAGAUCCAUUUAUUGCCACACAACCAAUAUGAGCUCCCUUUUGGUCUCAAAGAAGUAGACAGAAUGUUUACAUUUUAGUUCAUUGCAAUGCCCGGCACUUUCAAUGAGUCAAAUAACAGAGAAAUGUGUAUAGAAAGGUCAGUAGCAUUAAGAGCACUGUGAAUAAUGUAUAGGCUAUAUGAAGUAUUCAACAAGGGCCCCAUGGCUGAUAUGUGUGGAGUGAGAGAUAUGGGAUGUGGUGUGUAGACUAACUAUGUAGGUCAUCUGUGUGAGUGAAUGUGUGUGAGUGUAUUGCCCGUGCAUAUGUUGCCUUUGUGUAUGUGCGCGCGUUCAUGUGAGUAUGUGUGUCGACCCGGCCCUGUCCCCUUUUAGUCUACAGUACAGUACAGUAGAGUGCAGACACAGGAAGCUGUGUGACUACCCAAACACACUAGACCUAGGGUGGUCUCACUCCAAGGGCAAUAGUCCCUUGACCUGUGUUUGUGAACACAGCAUGCCUGUAUAGUACAGCACAUACUUACCCUCACUGUCAGGAUAAUGCGUUAUUAGAAGGAUGUUCUCAUGACUUUGGAAUCCACUGUGUGGUUCUUCAUUAUCCACUGUGUGGUUCAAAUAGUAUUUGUUCUAUUUCUUAUACUUUAGCUGUGCUUGAUUGAGCUUAUCUGGCACAAUGGAACCAAUGGAAUAGUCCUUAAAGUGUAAACCACGCCCCUCUGGCACUCUAGACAGGCUCAAUCAAUCUCAAAGUAUUUGAAAGAACACAAAUACUUUAUGGUCUGAUAAUGAUUGGCAGGUAGCCUAGCGGUUAGAGCGUUGGGCCAGUAACCGAAAGGUUGCUAGUUUGAAUCCCAGAGCCGACUAGGUGAAAAGGCAAGGCACUUAACCUUAAUUGCUCCAGGGUCAGCAUCAAUAAUGGCUGAUCCCUGGCCGUGCCCCCACUCUCUGAGGGAUAUGCAAAAAACACAUUUCCAUUUCACACCACACACUUGUACAUGUGUGAAACAGGACAAAUAUAAGUCACCCCUAAUAUACCUUUAGAUGGCCCAGAGUAGCUUAUAAAGUUUCCUUACAGAACAACUGAGCACGCCGAUUGGCACGUGUGUUUUUCUGUUGCUCAUUUGAAAAACGAGAUUUCAGUCUUGGAGGUGUGUUUCCUGACCAAUUCCGCGUUUGGUUAAUGAUGUUUGGCCCCCAUGAGACACUGUAGACGCGGAAGCCGAUUUCACUUCCUCAAAAUCCCCAAAAUGAAUCUAAGAUAACUCAAGAAAUCUGUAAUUAAUUUUGACGUUUUUGCCGAGGAUGUUUUAGUUGCGGGAUUUUAUAUCUAACUAAGGUGCUUGGUGCAAUAUUUCUCAAGUAAAAAAAUGCACGACGUGUUGUCUUAUGUAAACAGUCGGAGCUGCUGAGCAGGUCUGCCUUACUGUCUAUGCUAUUGGAUAGAGAGUAAUCACCGCAGCUGUUCACCCCAUUUAAGUGGACAAAGGGACAUCGUCAAAUCAAAACCCAACCUUCAUUUACCCUUUGUAACACACAAAUGUUCCAAACUCCGUUUUAGACGAGACCGAAAUUACCCUAUUUAGACUUUGUUGUCAAUUUUGAGACUAUAAUAACUGUUUUUGACUCAUAUCGAUACCACAUAGGCCAUUUUCAAAGGGAUUAGUUGCUUUUUAAAGGCAGUCGCUCUUUAAUGACCAACUACCUCCCUCUACUGCUCUCCUGUGGAACUGCAUGUAACAGGCUUUAUCAGUUCAAUUGAGUGUAUUCAGUUGAGUUCGAUUAGAAUUCGAACUGGUAUCAGCAGUUAUAAUUUUGUGCCCUUCCUUGAGAACCUUGUGUCAAUGUUGACUGUGGGUGUUUAAUUAAUGAGAGUAAACAUUCAAAGUAAACUGCUACUUCCUCACCUAGAGGGAACAGGUCACAUGACAAAGGAAAACACUUCCAAUAAGGUUGUAAGGUGGGAGGGGGAGGCAGAAAGAACAAGGGAGGAGUGAAUACAAAUGCACUUUAGCACACCUGUGGGCUAUUAUGUUUGAAUGGUGCACAUUGAUUGACACACACACGCAUACACACAUAUACACUGAAGAAGGCACUGACUGUAUAGCUAAUGCAUGGUUGAAAUAAGUAUGUUGUCAUCGAAAGACUGACAUGACAUAUCACUCACUGUGAUCUACGCUGAACUCGGAAGUGCUGGGUUCUGUUUUCAACAAAAAUUGAAAGCUGCGAGUCGGUGACCUUUGCCUUUUGUGAUAUAGUGGCCAGUUGGCGAAAGUGAGACACCCACACACACAUCCCCCAUUAACCCCCUCUUUCCUGUCUCUGUCCCCGCUCUCUGUAGAUGAAUUCUCUGAACAGUGUGAGCAGCAGUGAGGACAUCAAGCCUCCUCCAGGACUAGCUGGACUGGGUCACAUGAACAGCUAUGGCUGCAUGAGCCCAGGGUCCAUGUCCAAGCACAUAUGUGCCAUCUGUGGGGACCGAUCCUCAGGUAAAACACCACAACAGGCCCCAGACUACACCAUACUAUACUGUAGCUGGUUACCAGACUAGACCAUACUAUACUGUAGCUGGUUACCAGACUAGACCAUACUAUACUGUAGCUGGUUACCAGACUAGACCAUACUAUAUUGUAGCUGGUUACCAGACUAGACCAUACUAUACUGUAGCUGGUUACCAGACUAGACCAUACUAUACUGUAGCUGGUUACCAGACUAGACCAUACUAUACUGUAGCUGGUUACCAGACUAGACCAUACUAUAUUGUAGCUGGUUACCAGACUAGACCAUACUAUACUGUAGCUGGUUACCAGACUAGACCAUACUAUACUGUAGCUGGUUACCAGACUAGACCAUACUAUACUGUAGCUGGUUACCAGACUAGACCAUACUAUACUGUAGCUGGUUACCAGACUAGACCAUACUAUACUGUAGCUGGUUACCAGACUAGACCAUACUAUACUGUAGCUGGUUACCAGACUAGACCAUACUAUACUGUAGCUGGUUACCAGACUAGACCAUACUAUACUGUAGCUGGUUACCAGACUAGACCAUACUAUAUUGUAGCUGGUUACCAGACUAGACCAUACUAUACUGUAGCUGGUUACCAGACUAGACCAUACUAUACUGUAGCUGGUUACCAGACUAGACCAUACUAUACUAUAGCUGGUUACCAGACUAGACCAUACUAUAUUGUAGCUGGUUACCAGACUAGACCAUACUAUACUGUAGCUGGUUACCAGACUAGACCAUACUAUAUUGUAGCUGGUUACCAGACUAGACCAUACUAUACUGUAGCUUGUUACCAGACUAGACCAUACUAUACUGUAGCUGGUUACCAGACUAGACCAUACUAUACUGUAGCUGGUUACCAGACUAGACCAUACUAUAUUGUAGCUGGUUACCAGACUAGACCAUACUAUACUGUAGCUGGUUACCAGACUAGACCAUACUAUACUGUAGCUGGUUACCAGACUAGACCAUACUAUACUGUAGCUGGUUACCAGACUAGACCAUACUAUAUUGUAGCUGGUUACCAGACUAGACCAUACUAUACUGUAGCUUGUUACCAGACUAGACCAUACUAUACUGUAGCUGGUUACCAGACUAGACCAUACUAUACUGUAGCUGGUUACCAGACUAGACCAUACUAUAUUGUAGCUGGUUACCAGACUAGACCAUACUAUACUGUAGCUGGUUACCAGACUAGACCAUACUAUACUGUAGCUGGUUACCAGACUAGACCAUACUAUACUGUAGCUGGUUACCAGACUAGACCAUACUAUACUGUAGCUGGUUACCAGACUAGACCAUACUAUACUGUAGCUGGUUACCAGACUAGACCAUACUAUACUGUAGCUGGUUACCAGACUAGACCAUACUAUACUGUAGCUGGUUACCAGACUACACCAUACUAUACUGUAGCUGGUUACCAGACUAGACCAUACAAUACUAUAGCUGGUUACCAGACUAGACCAUACUAUAUUGUAGAUGGUUACCAGACUAGACCAUACUAUACUGUAGCUGGUUACCAGACUAGACCAUACUAUAUUGUAGCUGGUUACCAGACUAGACCAUACUAUACUGUAGCUGGUUACCAGACUAGACCAUACUAUAUUGUAGCUGGUUACCAGACUAGACCAUACUAUACUGUAGCUGGUUACCAGACUAGACCAUACUAUACUGUAGCUGGUUACCAGACUAGACCAUACUAUACUGUAGCUGGUUACCAGACUAGACCAUACUAUACUGUAGCUGGUUACCAGACUAGACCAUACUAUAUUGUAGCUGGUUACCAGACUAGACCAUACUAUACUGUAGCUGGUUACCAGACUAGACCAUACUAUACUGUAGCUGGUUACCAGACUAGACCAUACUAUACUGUAGCUGGUUACCAGACUAGACCAUACUAUACUGUAGCUGGUUACCAGACUAUACCAUACUAUACUGUAGCUGGUUACCAGACUAGACCAUACUAUACUGUAGCUGGUUACCAGACUAGACCAUACUAUACUGUAACUGGGUACCAGAGUUUUUCCCUUGAUAGGUUACAUGAUCAGGAAGAACUUCUGUCACUACUACUAGUAUACCAUAUGCCCUUCAUCAACAUACCUACAGGAUAACUAAGCCAAAACAACGUUUCCAAAGAAAUGCUACAUCAUAUUAUAUCCCCUCACUAACAGCAUUAACAGAAUGAUUUCAUCCAGAGAGAUGGUAGCUCCUCGUCUAAGCAUAACAUCCACGCCAACACAGAAUACCACCCCACAACAUCAGUUCAUAUACAGUAGGAGGUGAUCUGAUUGAUACAUUAUUGAUAUUCUAUAUAUUCUAUGUUCUUCCAGGGAAACACUACGGUGUGUACAGCUGUGAAGGCUGCAAGGGCUUCUUCAAGAGAACCAUCAGGAAGGACCUCAGCUAUACGUGUCGAGACAGCAAGCAGUGUCUGAUCGACAAGCGCCAGCGCAACCGCUGCCAGUACUGCCGCUACCAGAAGUGUCUGGCCAUGGGCAUGAAGAGAGAAGGUGUGUGUGUCUGUCUGUGUGACUCCCCUGUGCGUAUGUGCAUGUGUGUUUCUCAAUGAAUGCAUGCAGGUGUGUGUCUCUGUGUGUGUGUGUGUGUGUAUGUGUGUGUGUGUGACUCCCCUGUGCGUACAUGCAUGUGUACAUGCAUGUGUGUUUCUCUAUGCGUGCAUGCAGGUGUGUGUAUGUGUAUGUGUGUGGACUGUAUACUGUAUUCUAUUGUGUGUGUGUGUGUGUGUGUGUGUGUGUGUGUGUGUGUGUGACUCCCCUGUGUGUUCCUCUGUGCAGCGGUGCAGGAGGAGCGUCAGCGGGGCCGGGAGAAAAGUGAUAACGAGGUGGAGUCCACCAGUAGUUUCAACGAGGACAUGCCCGUUGAGAAGAUACUGGAUGCGGAGCUGGCUAUCGAACCCAAGACUGAAGCCUACAUGGAGGCCAGCGCAGGCAACUCUGUAAGCAAACCUCUGUCUGUCCAUCCUUCUGUCCCUCUCUCUCUCUCUGUCAAAUCAUAUUCAUUUUUUCUGAUUGCUUGAGGUCCCUCUACACGUCUAUUUGUUCUAUACUCAGUGUCCUCUUUCAUCGCUGAUUAUUGAAUAUGCCAUGUAUGUCUCUGUCUGUCUGUCAGAAGAACGACCCGGUCACCAACAUCUGCCAGGCAGCAGACAAGCAGCUGUUCACCCUGGUGGAGUGGGCCAAGAGGAUCCCCCACUUCUCUGAGCUGCCCCUGGACGACCAGGUCAUCUUAUUACGAGCAGGUAGGCUCCAGCUACAGCACAACAGAUCACCAUGCUUGUUCACACACCAUAGACACCUAUUGAUUAAUCUACUGUAUUGAUAUAAAUAUUUACUAUGAGUUGUGGUGGUAGAACAACACAGUCUUUUUUUGCACCGAGCUGUUUCAUUAACACACACAGCCCAACAGAGACACACCCUUACCCCUCUGGACACAUAGGUAGUUCUAGUCUCAACAACAUAGUCACAAUUCAAGUUAAACUCACCAGUUAACCACAGUGUAUUUGUCUCUCUCUCUGUCAGGCUGGAAUGAGCUGCUCAUCGCCUCGUUCUCCCAUCGCUCUGUGACAGUGAAGGAUGGGAUCCUGCUGGCCACGGGGCUCCACGUCCACCGCAGCAGCGCCCACAGUGCCGGGGUGGGCUCCAUCUUUGACAGGUCAGAGAAAAAUUAUUUUGUGAACAGUAUUACUCCUUGACAUGUGUAAUAUGGAUAUCACAGUAAUGCAUAGCCUUCAUUGUGGAGGACAGGCUCAUAGUAAUGGCUGGAACAAAAUAAAUGGAAUGGUAUCAAACACAGCAAACACGUUUCCAUUUGUUCGAUACCUUUCCAUUCACUCCAUUCCUGCCAUAAUAAUGAGCCGUCCUCCCCUCAGCAGCCUCCUGUGGCCUACACUAUAGCUUUCUCUUAUGUAACACGGCUAGAAAUGUAGCCCUGGUAUUUCUACAGCAGUAGAAAUGUCUAUAAUAAUAGUUUGUUGAGCAUCUAUAGAUGAACUCUCAAAAUAAAGUAUUACCGUGUCAAUGUCUUUUCUUGCUGUGUUGUGGUCUCCAGGGUGCUGACGGAGCUGGUGUCUAAGAUGAAAGACAUGCAGAUGGACAAGACUGAGCUGGGCUGCCUCAGAGCCAUCGUCCUCUUCAACCCAGGUAACUACCAUCAUCAUACAAUAGAGGCGGCUCGUCCAGGGAGGAAGAGGAGGAUGGUCAUCCUCAUUCAUUUUAGCAUUAAAAAUUGUUGUCCAAUUAGCUUAUAUUGUUUAUCAUUUCAAGUUUUUAACUCACCAGCCACCAUAUAUUAGAAUUUAGAAAUACAUUACAAAUACAUUUUAAGAAAUAUAUUUCACAUACUGUAUACUGUGUGCACAAGAAUAAGUUCCUGUCUAUGAAUGUUCUUUGCUUCCAGAUGCCAAGGGCCUGUCUAAUCCUACAGAGGUGGAGGCCCUGAGAGAGAAGGUCUACGCCUCACUGGAGUCCUACACUAAACACAGAUAUCCAGAGCAGCCUGGCAGGUCAGUCUCUCACAGUCACACUCUCCUUCAGUCUUUUACAAUUUCAUCUUAUUUUGGGGCGGCAUUCAAUCCGUAUUGUGGAAGUAUCACAGAAGAUCCACGCUAAAAUGUGAGUGCAGUCUUUGCGAACGCGGGAACAUUGCCUUUAAAUUUAAAUUGAGCUAUAACAUGGAUCUUCCACGAUACGGAUUUAAUCCAAACCCUAGUCUCGGUAAAUUACACACUCAUACACACUAAUGUCCAGUCAUUCAACAGUCUCAUGUGUCUGACUCAAAGGCUUUUCCUACUGUAUGACACUGCAGCUCUUUAAAAAUAUAACACUCUACCCUACCCAUAUAGGCUCUAAUUUCCCCCAUAUUCCUUCUCCACUAAGUCUGAUUUAAGGACGAUAAGUCAUAAUUCAUCUUUAUGGUUUGCGUAUGCCAUUACACAUCAUGAAAAGGCUUUAAAAUGACACCUCAGACAAGAGUAAUCAACCCUACCUCCUCCCUCUUAUCUCCUCUCUCCUGGUCAGAUUUGCCAAGCUGUUGCUGCGUCUGCCUGCACUGCGCUCCAUCGGCCUCAAGUGUCUGGAGCACCUAUUCUUCUUCAAGCUGAUAGGCGAUACGCCCAUAGACACCUUCCUUAUGGAAAUGCUCGAAGCGCCGCACCAGAUCACAUGA